AUGGGGGAAGGGAGAGAGAGUGGAGACAAGAGGGGGUAAGUGAUGGGCAGCAAUGGUUGGGGGAACUACAAAGAUACUGUAUCUUGCCAAGGUGGGAGAAACCAUUGAGGGCAGUAUGAUGACAGAAUGUAAAAGACAAGGAGCCAGAGACUGCAGCAGUUCCCAUGGCAACAGAGGAGAGAGGGAGGGGGGUAACUGAUGCAAAUAACAAACAUAAUAUAAAUUCCAACAGUGCAUAUCAAAGAUAGUGAAUAUUAUAUUUGGCCUUUGGACACAAAACAUAAAACAGCAUGCUCAUAUUUUCUUAUGACAAUGAAUUUUUUGGUGAGAUUCCAUAUCUGCCUAAUUACCCUCUAUUUUCAUGUAGAGAUGGUAUGAUCCAGCUCUCAGAAGAAAAACGAUUCCAAUGGAGCCCUCCUCCCUUUGCCUGGAAGGUUCCACUCACUGCAUAGGGGGUUCUUAUGCAUGUACCAGGAGUCUGAUGUUCAUUGUAGCAGAAUUGCAGUGCACUGGACUGUACAGAACAGUGUAGCAUACACUGUCUAUGAGGGGUGGGGUUCAGCUACACUCAAAUCACAAACACAGGCAGAUAGAGGGUGAGAGAGCGAGAGGGAGAGAAGAGGAGGGAGAGAAAGCACCUGAAGAGGAAUACAACAAGGGUAAGGUAGAAGAUGAGAAGGAGCUGAUGAAGGAAAGGAAUAUUAAGAGGAGAGAGAGAGGACCAGAAUGGUAGAAAUAGACUCCUAUAUGGACUGGUCUUGUUGCCUCUCUCUUUCUCCGGUUAUCCAUUUCUCCUCACACUUCUUGUUCAUUAUUUAUUUAUUUUCUGUUGAACCUUCUCUAUGCUGUCACUUCAACUUGAUCUGUAUUAAGCAGGCAGUGGUUUGCUUUGUAUCCCUUGCAUAUUUGAUGUGAUUUGAUGAUAUUCACACACAUCGGGUGGAUCUGUGUGUGCUGAGGCAACUGUAUAUCUGUGUAUUUCUCCCAGGUUUUUGGUUACAUGAGUCAUUCAAAUAGUGAAUUCCCAUCAAACGAGGUCCCAUAAAAAGCUGGCCAUAUCAAAUAGAUCUAGAAAAUGUGUCAUCAUCAUCCUAUUAGCCUGACCUAAAACUAUUUGUUUUCAGCAAGAAUAAGGUCUUUCUUCUAUACCUUCUACAAGCUCUAGAGAUUUCUGUCUGCCAUUGAGGAUCAUAAUGCGGUCUGCUUGAACAUAUAAGAAACCUAUUGAUGAUGUAAUUAUUAGAAUGUAACCUCUUUUAUGUUAUUAAUAGAUUACAGCUAGAGUGGCAUGGUAUGGCAUAGUGGAGAAAAUCAUACCUGGCCUCUGGACAUAAGUGUAUUGUACUUCUCUUCUAGCCAGUGCAUAAAAACAUUUUAACUGACAGGCUGACUAUCCGUAAGAAGGCAAAUCAAUUGUAGACCGACACAAUUAAACACAGAGACCACUAAUAAUCAAUGUUUAGAGUAUGAAUGGUCCUAUACCUUAUAGAUGUAUUUAUAUCAAAGUGAGGUAUUGUUUUUCUUGGACAGAGAGCUUUUAACAAGUAAGUAGUAAAUUACACCAUUGGUCCCUAGAGAUAGAGAGAGACAGACAGAGGAGGGGAGGGAGGAGAGCAGAGGAAGAUUGAAGUGAAUGAGCUAAAAGUGUGUCAAAUUUAGUGGAAUUGGAUGCCGUUCGUGAUUCAUGAAAAUGUACACUGAGUAUACCAAACAUUAGGAACAUCUUCCUAAUAUUGAGUUGUUGGCCCCAUGUUGACUCCAAUGCUUUCCAGAGUUGUGCCAAGUUGGCUGGAUGUCCUUUGAGUGGUGGACCAUUCUUGAUACACACAGGAAACUGUUGAGUGUGAAAAACCCAGCAGUGUUGCAGUUCUUGACACAAACUGGUGCGCCUGGCACCUACUACCCCGUUCAAAGGCACUUACAUUUUGUGUCUUGCCCAUUCACCCUCUGAAUGGCACACAUACACAAUCCAUUUCUCAAUUGUCUCAGGGCUUAAAAAUCAUUUAACCUGUCUUCUCCCCUUCAUAUACACUGAUUGAAGUGGAUUUAACAAGUGACAUCAAUAAGGGAUCAUAUAGUAGCUUUCACCUGGAUUCACCUGGUCAGUCUGUCAUGGAAAGAACAGGUGUUCUUAAUGUUUUGUAUACUCAGUGUAUAUUUUCAUUAAUAAAAAUCCAUACAAAUGUAAGUUACCUAGAAUGAAUGCAGUGCAAUUGUUUAAUGUCAUGCAAUACACCUGCCUUUUCAGUUGUCAGGGUAAGGUGUAUUUUUUUCUAAAACAAAAUGAUUGAAUGUGUUUGUGUGACUCAUGUGCCAUAUGUUUCAUUGGCUCUCUUGACAGGAUGAAAGGAGACACCCCAGUGAACAGCACCAUGAGUGUCGGCCAAGCCAGGAAGCUGGUGGAGCAAUUGAAGAUUGAAGCCAGUUUUUGCAGGAUCAAGGUAAGCCUUGCCAGAGGCAUCCUGCUCAUUGAAACUGAGGGGGCACGUUGCACUUGCCUUUGUAAGUCUUUGGUAAAUACCCACACCCUCAUUUCCAGUCUUGAUUCCCACUACUUGCCACCCUCAGGUAUCAAAGGCGGCUGCAGACCUGAUGGCAUACUGUGAUGCCCACGCCAUUGAGGACCCCCUCAUCACCCCUGUGCCCACCUCGGAGAACCCAUUCAGGGAGAAGAAGUUCUUCUGUGCACUCCUUUGAGACAAACCACAGGAUGGUUGUGAAUUACACUGUCCAGAUAGAACAUAAUGUAAACUGAGUAUACCAAACAUUAGGAACACCUUCCUAAUAUUGAGACACAAACUGGUGCGCCUGGCACCUACUACCAUACCCCGUUCAAAAGGCACUUACAUUUUGUCUUGCCCUUUCACCAUCUGAAUGGCACACAUACACAAUCCAUGUCUCAAGGCUUAAAAAUCCUUCUUUAACCUGUCUCCUCCCCUUCAUCUACACUGAUUGAAGUGGAUUUAACAAGUGACAUCAAUAAGGGAUCAUAGCUUUCACCUGGAUUCACCUGGUCAGUUUACGUCAUGGAAAGAGCAGGUGUUCUUAAUGUUUUGUAUACUCAGUGUAUGUACAUGCAUUCACCACAUACACAAAGCUAAAUAUAACUUAUCCAUGUAGCCUGCUUUAGCUUAUGAAAGGCUGCAGAUGUACAUAUUCUCCUAA